GAUCUUGCCCCUCGUUAGGGCCCUGGCCCGGGCAUCACCACUCCUGGGAAGCUCCCCAUCUCUCCUCGGUGCAGUGGCUCACAGCGCAUUCCUCAGGGUGUGUUUGAGUGCCAUCUACUACCAUUUGAAAUCAUCUCCCAAGACCUGCUGCCACCAGACCCUGCCAGUAGAGACCACCAGAGCAUCUCCUCCACCUUUACCAUCCUUCUGAGGAAGUUUACACCUUGUUCUAAUUAAUAGGUCUUGUUUUCUCGGCCGCGUUUGGCAUUGAAUCAUGGGGAGGAAGCUGGACCUGUCCAGUCUGACGGAUGAUGAAACCGAGCAUGUCCUCCAGGUGGUCCAGCGAGACUUCAAUCUUCGGAAAAAAGAAGAAGAACGGCUUAGCGAGAUGAAGCAGAAGCUGGACGAGGAGGGCAGCAAGUGCAGCAUCCUCUCCAAGCACCAGAAGUUCGUGGAGCACUGCUGCAUGCGCUGCUGCUCGCCCUUCACCUUCCUCGUCAACACCAAGCGCCGCUGCGGGGACUGCGCGUUCAACGUCUGCAAGAGCUGCUGCUCCUACCAGAAGCACGAGAAGGUCUGGAUCUGCUGCGUCUGCCAACAAGCCAGGCUCCUGCGAACCCAGUCUCUGGAAUGGUUCUACAAUAAUGUGAAGAGCCGCUUCAAGCGCUUUGGCAGCGCCAAGGUCCUGAAAAACCUGUACAGGAAGCACCGGCUGGAGAGCGGAGCAGGCUUCGACAUCCUGGGAGGAAGCUUUUUUGAGACAAACCUGGAGAAUGAAGGAAGUGUUUCAGGCAGUGAUUCAACAUUUUAUAGGCAAUCAGAAGGACACAGCAUGAUGGACACAUUGGCCGUUGCCUUACGUGUGGCCGAAGAGGCCAUCGAGGAGGCAAUUUCCAAAGCAGAAGCCUAUGGAGACAGCCUGGACAAGCAGAAUGAGGCCAGUUACUUGCGGGACCACAAGGAGGAGCUGACUGAGGAGCUGGCCACGACUAUCUUGCAGAAGAUCAUAAGAAAACAGAAGAGCAAAGGUGAGCAGCAAACGGAAGAAGAGCCAGAGUGGUCACAGCCCCAGAGCUGCAGUGCGAAGGCGGCCGACGAGGGGACCGCGGCCUCCCCCGGAGGCCACCCUCGGUCCCCGUCCGAGUUCUCACCCAUCGGAGAAGAUGCCCUACAGACCUGUUUGCUGGAGGCUGCGUCGAGGCAGCCGGGGAGCCUGGGCCAGCAGCCCAGGGAGGAGUCGGCGUGGCCCAGCUGGAGGAGCCUGGACAGUCCGGACCAGACAGACCGGGCCCCCGUUUUGCAGAGCCCCGAUGGGAACUGGGUGGCGCUGAAGGAUGGCGCUCUGCCCCCCGCCCGCCUGCUGGCCAAACCUAAGAGUGGCGCAUUCCAGGCCCUGGAGGCUGCCUCCAGCGUGGCCUCCGCCUACGAUGAGAUGGGCUCCGACAGCGAGGAGGACUUUGACUGGAGUGAGGCCUUGAGCACGCUAUGCCCACGGCCCCAGGAUCUGCCCAGGAACCCCCAGCCUCAGCCCACGCAGGCCCAAGGCUUGGACCAAGUCCCCCCCGCCAUCUCUGCUCCCUCCAGGCUUUCCCCCCACCUCGAGGCCACGUGCUCUGACUCAGAGACGUCCUCCACGGGCUCCUCCCGGGAAACAGGGCACCAUCGGGCCAGACUGUCCUGGCUGCAGAGGAAGGCUCCUAGGACCCCUGUCGCCGAAAAGAUGCACCUCCAGGGGGAGCUGGACGUGAACUUCAAUCCCCAGGCAGCCAGCAGGGAGACCUCGGACAGCAGCGAGCCUGAGGAGGCCCACCACGCGCCAGACCGGCGGGCCCGGAGGUGGAGAAGGGCCCGCGUGGGCUCAGAGGAUCCAAGCAAGGAGCUAUCUUCCCCCAACGCCCAUUCCCAGGAGCUGAACACCCACCAGGUGUUGGGUGACUUAUCAGAGACCGACCGUGGCAAUGAGACUCGGCACCCCCGGACCCGUGCCGACACCACGGAGGAGAAAGUGAGAAACAAGUUGUUCGAGUUGGCGAUGAAAAUGAGUGAGAAGGAGACGUCUUCGGGGGAGGAUCAGGAGUCCGAGCCCAAGACAGAGUCCGAGAAUCAGAAAGAAAGUCUCUCCUCUGAAGACAACAGCCAGAGCAUCCAGGAAGAGCUGAGGAAGAAGUAUUCUGCUGUUUCUCUCUGCAACAUCUCCACAGAAGUCCUGAAAGUCAUCAAUGCCACGGAGGAGUUGAUAGCAGAGUCGACAGGGCCCUGGGAGUUCCCACCUGGCCCUCCUGACAGAGAGAAGGGGACAUUUCCUCUUGGGACAGACCAAGUGAGACUGGAUGAGCAGCUGACCUCCCUGGAAGAAAACGUGUACCUGGCGGCAGGCACUGUGUACGGACUGGAAGGCCAGCUGAACGAGCUGGAGGAUGCCGCCCGCUGCAUCCACAGUGGCACUGAUGAGACCGAGCUGGCAGAUCUGGAGGACCAGGUGGCCACGGCUGCAGCCCAGGUCCACCAUGCUGAGCUCCAGAUUUCUGAUAUCGAGAGCCGGAUCUCAGCCCUGACCAUCGCCGGACUCAACAUAGCACCGUGUGUGCACCUCACCAGGAAGCGGGAGCAGAAGCAGAGGAACCAGGUGCAAACAAUAGACACAUCCAGACAGCUGAGGAGGAAACUGCCUGCCCCACCCGUGAGAGCUGAAAAAAUGGCGGUAUCUUCAGUGACCAACUCAAAAACAUUCAACCGCAACUUCAUUCUCCAAGGCUCCUCGACAAACAGGAAAAGCACCGCCAAGGACUUGAUGGAGCCCACCCUGGAAUCCGCUGUGAUGUAUUAGCGCCACGGAGCUCCACUGCCAGUGACCCACUGCCUCCGGCGUACACGACAGUGCCUUGACCCAACAGCCAUUGAAUACUAUAUGGAUCUCCACCUGAGGAGAGGGCCUGGGGAGCCACGGUGCACAGGGCUGUCCUGAUACCUCACCCAGAGAGCGGCCCCAGACAUCGGCAUGGCGGUCUCGCCCGCUCUCUGCCUUAGGCUCCCAGGAGAAGCCAGGACAGAAAACCGAGAUGCUGGCUUCCAACAGUAGAGUUCCACGUCCAAAAAUGCAUCAUGUCCCUGUCUGCUUUGCUACUGUAUGUUGUCUUUGUGAUCUUCUUUUUUUUUAAUCCUUUUGCUUCAACUAAAAUGACAUAUCAACAAUUUGUCCAAAGAAAA